CUCGAGUGGCGGUCCAGUAUAUAUAUAUAAAUUAGAUUCCUGAAUGCAACGAUUUGUGUUUAGUGUACAAGUGAUCACAGCGGCCUAAUCAUGAUAUCACUGGUGGUCUUUUUAACCGUUAUUGGAUGCGCUAUAGGACAAUACAGACCAGGGGUAGUUCCUAGUCCAGGACAGGUUAUCCGUAUAAUCAGUCAAACUCAAGACGGGCCAAAUCCGGAUGGGUCAUAUGCAUGGAGUUACGAGGCCGAAAAUGGUAUUGCAGCUAGGGAGCAGGGUCGCCCGAAAGCAGCUGAUAUUCUUGAAGCUCAAGGCGAAUUCAAGUUUACCGCUCUUGACGGUACUCCUAUUCAGGUAACCUACCUUGCUGAUGAAAACGGGUUCCAACCCCAAGGAGCACAUCUCCCAACUCCACCACCAAUUCCAGCAGCUAUUUUAAGAUCCUUGGAAUACAACGCCGCCCAUCCUGAAGAGGAUCAAGAAAGACCUGCUUACCGCCGACCUUGAUUGUGAUUCAUGUCUCCAAAUGCUGUGUUGUUUGAUAAUUUAUAAAUGUGAUCUUUUAUGUAAUAUACUAUUUUGAAUUGUGUAUAAUU